AUUUUUCUGCUACACACAGAGUAAAAUCUUGACCACACAGCUCGGAGUCAAAGUGUGGAGAUUUUAUAAAUCUUUUCAGGCAGUAUCUUGUGGGACUUUGUGGCGUGAAGAUGUCUAGUCUUACGAUCUAUCUCGCUGUGGCUCUGGCCUCCCUGGUGGCGAUCGCGUACGGUCAGCAGGGUACAAGCAAGGUCAUCUGCUACUACGACAGUCGGAGUUUUGUGCGUGAAGGACUUGGAAAGACAAAUCUUGCUGACAUUGAACCAGCUCUACCCUUCUGCACGCAUCUUGUUUAUGGCUAUGCUGGUAUUAAUGGUGGAACCAACAAACUCGUCUCAUUGAAUGAGAAUCACGACUUGGAUCAGGGUAAAGGUUUCUUCAGGCAAGUCACAACACUCAAACGCAAAUAUCCCGCCUUGAAGAUUCUUCUUGGCGUGGGUGGUGGUGCUGAUCCUGAGAGUAGUCAAUAUUUGAGUCUUCUGGAAUCUUCAGCGGGGCGCAUUUCAUUCAUCAAUGCCGCCUACACGCUUGUCAAGACGUACGAUUUUGACGGUUUGGACUUAUCGUGGCAAUUCCCCGUGGUUAAACCAAAGAAAAUUCGCGGAACUUUCUCGUCAUUCUUCCACAAAAUCAAGAAACCCUUCACAUCAGACGAUGUGAUUGAUGAGAAGUCCGAGGAGCACAAGGAGGAAUUUACAGCCCUCGUGCGUGAGCUUAAGAACUCCUUCCGUCACGAUAACUACCAACUAGCUCUCACCGUUAUGCCCAAUGUCAAUUCAUCCCUUUACUUUGACGUGCCUGCCAUCAUUAACAACCUGGACUACGUUUCCUUGGCAGCUUUUGACUUCCAAACCCCCGAUCGGAAUCCCAAAGAAGCCGACUACCCUGCUCCACUGUACGAGCUACCAGAACGCAAUCCUGAAUCCAAUGUCAACUACCAGGUGCAAUGGUGGUUGGGCCAAAGGGGUCCUGCAUCGAAAAUUAUCGUUGGUAUCCCAACCUUUGGGCAUUGUUGGAAGUUGGGUGAAGAUUCGGGCAUCACUGGGGUCCCACCUCUUCGUACACCCAAAGAAGGUCACCCUGAGGGUCCUCAACUCAAAGUUCCCGGCCUUGUGAGCUACCCCGAAGCCUGUUCUAAGCUAACAAAUCCCUCAAAUGCCCAUCUUAAGGGUGAAGACGCACCCCUGCGCAAAGUCAAUGACCCUACUAAACGUUUUGGAAAUUAUGCCUUUCGCCUUGGGGAUCCCGAUCGGGACUACGAACACGGAAUGUGGUGCAGCUUUGAGGAUCCCGAUACAGCUGGCAAUAAAGCUGGGUAUGUUCGUGCCAAGGGCUUGGGCGGUAUUGGUCUCUUUGACAUCACCCUCGAUGACUUCCGUGGCACCUGCUCUGGGGAUAAAUUCCCCAUUCUACGUGCUGCCAAAUACCGUCUCUAGAUCACUCUAGAAGGCUUUUUUUUGUCAGAGUAGUGAAGAAAGACACUCAACCAUUCCUAAAUGAACUUUUUCUUUAUUUUUUUAUUUUGUAUUUUGUCAUUGUAAAUCCAAAUAAAACAUUAAUGUGUAGAAUCUA